UGUUUGCCGCCUGAGCCACCACUGUGUGACCGGGAAGAUGGCGGCAGCGAGAGCGGGCGCCGGAGUGGCGGCCGGUCCAGGUCACUCGAGCGUUGCUCCAGCAGCCAACGUCCCCACUAACCCAAUCACGGCGGCUCCCGCUGGGCCCGUGCAGCAGGGCCUGAAAGAGGCGCUAUUCGAAGCGCUGGGCUCCAUCCUCUCCCCAGUGCAGGAGGUGCGGGCCGCGGGGGAGGAGCAGAUCAAAGUGCUGGAGGUGACGGAGGAAUUUGGUGUUCACCUAGCUGAGUUGACGGUGGAUCCCCAGGGCGUUCUGGCUAUCCGGCAGCUGGCAUCUGUAAUCCUCAAACAGUAUGUGGAGAAUCAUUGGUGUAAUCAGUCGGAGAAAUUUCACACACCUGAGACUACCGAAAGGGCUAAGGUGGCCAUCAGAGAACUAUUACCAAGUGGCCUUCAAGAAUCGAUCAGUAAAGUGCGAUCCAGUGUAGCCUACGCUAUAUCAGCAAUAGCUCACUGGGACUGGCCUGAGGCCUGGCCAGAGCUCUUCCGACUGUUGAUGGAGAUGUUGAUCAGCGGUGAUGUGAAUGCUGUGCACGGAGCCAUGCGUGUCCUCACAGAGUUCACUCGGGAGGUUACGGACAUUCAGAUGCCACUGGUGGCUCCUGUCAUUUUGCCAGAAAUGUAUAAGAUUUUUACAAUGGCUGAGGUUUACAGUAUUCGGACUAGAGCACGUGCAGUUGAGAUCUUCACUACGUGUGCCAACCUUAUUUGUGCCAUCGAGGAGGUUGAAAAGGGUGCAGCCAAGGCAUUGAUAUUCCCUGUGGUACAGCAGUUCACCCAGGCAUUUGUACAAGCUCUGCAAAUGCCAGAUGGACCCAAUUCUGAUAGUGGAUUGAAGAUGGAGGUAUUGAAGGCAGUGACGGCUUUGGUUAAGAAUUUUCCAAAGCACAUGGUUUCAUCAAUGCAACAAAUCCUACCGAUUGUUUGGAAUACGUUAACUGACAGUGCAGCCACUUAUGUAAGGACGGAGGUGAAUUACAUGGAAGAAGUAGAUGAUCCAGUGGAUUCGGAUGGUGAGGUGCUGGGGUUUGAGAACUUGGUAUUCAAUAUUUUUGAGUUUGUGCAUACGCUACUGGAGAACAGGAAGUUCAAGAACACGGUGAAGAAGGCCCUGCCUGAGUUGAUUUACUACAUCAUCUUGUAUAUGCAGAUCACCGAAGAGCAGAUUAAGGUCUGGACGGGAAACCCACAUCAAUUUGUGGAGGAUGAGGAUGAUGACACUUUUUCGUAUUCAGUGCGAAUCUCAGCUCAAGAUCUCCUGCUGGCUGUUGCAAGUGACUUUCAGAACGAAAGUGCCAUUGCCUUAGCAGCAGCUGCAACAAAACACUUGCAGGAAGCUGAACAGGCCAAGUGUGAUGGGAAUGUUCACUGGUGGAAAAUUCAUGAAGCUUGUAUGCUGGCAUUAGGUUCUGUGAAGAAUGUCAUUGCUGACAGUGUGAAGAACGGUCGGAUACAGUUUGACAUGCAUGGAUUCCUCACCAAUGUUGUUCUUGCUGACCUCAACCUUUCAGUAUCUCCAUUUCUGCUUGGCCGCGCCCUCUGGGCCGCCAGUCGAUUCACUACAGUUAUGACCCCUGAGCUGAUUCAGCAGUUUCUACAAGCAACUGUGAGUGGUUUGCAUGAGACCCAGCCACCAUCGGUGCGAAUCUCGGCUGUUCGAGCUAUCUGGGGGUAUUGUGACCAGUUAAAAAUCUCAGAUUGUACACGAGUACUACAGCCCUUCCUACCCAGCAUCCUGGAUGGUUUGAUUCAACUUGCUACUCAGUUCAGUUCCGAGGUGCUCACCCUGGUCAUGGAGACGUUGUGUGUUGUUUGCACCGUGGAUCCUGCCUUCACUAUCAGUGUGGAAAAUAAAAUCUGUCCUCUUACCAUCGCAAUCUUCCUCAAGUACAGUAAUGAUCCAGUGGUCGCAUCUCUGGCACAAGAUAUUUUCAAAGAGCUUGCGCAGAUCGAAGAUUGUCAAGGUCCCAUGCAGAUGAGGUUAAUUCCAACUCUUGUUAGCAUCAUGCACGCUCCAUCUGAUAAAAUACCCUCAGGACUCUGUGCAACUGCUAUUGACAUACUGACAACUGUAGUGCGAAACACCAAGCUGCCGCUGUCAGAGGUGCUGAUCUGUCAGGCAUUCCCCGUUGUGGCUCAAUGUACCCUGCACACGGAUGACAACGCAACCAUGCAGAAUGGUGGCGAGUGUCUGCGGGCCUAUGUGGCUGUGGCAAUGGAGCAAAUAGCACAGUGGCACGAUGAGCAGGGUCAUAAUGGGCUCUGGUAUGUCAUGCAAGUGGUUAGCCAACUACUAGACCCCCGCACCUCGGAGUAUACUGCAGCAUUUGUGGGGCGGCUGGUUUCCACUCUCAUCACAAAGGCUGGGUCACAGUUGGGAGAGAACCUCGACCAGAUACUGCGAGCAAUUCUCAGCAAAAUGCAGCAAGCAGAGACACUCAGUGUAAUGCAGUCUCUGAUUAUGGUGUUUGCCCAACUUGUUCACAAUCAGUUGGAGCCUCUGCUGGAGUUUCUCUGCAGUCUGCCUGGACCCACUGGCAAACCUGCACUGGAGUUCGUUAUGUCAGAGUGGACUAGCCGGCAACCUCUCUUCUAUGGACAGUACGAGGGCAAAGUCAGCACUGUAGCAAUGUGCAAGCUCCUGCAACAUGGUAUUAACACAGAUGACAAGCGACUACAAGAUAUCAUGGUGAAAGGGGAAGAAGUGUUCAAUGCUGAUGAGGGAAUACGAACUCGUUCCAAAGCAGCAAAAAAUCCGGAACGAUGGACAAAUAUUCCUCUACUAGUUAAACUCUUCAAGUUGGUGAUCGGUGAACUCUCCAGUGUAAUGGAAGCAAAUAUCUCCAGGCAAUCCAAUACAGCUGAAUGGAAUCAAGAUGAAACAAACGACAUGUGGGAGGACCAAGGUGACAAUGAUGAUGAAGAUGAUGAAGAUGAUGAUGAUGAAGGACUAGCCGGACAGUUGUUAUCAGAUCUGCUCAAUACAGGGGGAAGCAUUAGAUGUGAUGAUGAUUAUUACGAUGAUGAUGGUGAAGAUGACCCAGACACGCUGAAGGAUCCCUUGUAUCAAGUUGAUUUGCAGGCUUAUCUAACAGAUUACCUCCGGCAGUUUGCGCAGCAGCCCUGCUACACACCGUUUUCAGAUCACCUCAACGAGAAAGAGAAGAGAGUUUUACGGUCGAUAGGCAUUUAAGACAAACUGGAAGAGAUGCAAUUUUUCCCAUGUCUGCCACGUUGUUGACUGACACCAAACUCGGUCAUCUUAUGAAACUUCCUACUGUGUAUGGGGAGAAAAGAUCAGAUUUCAUCGUAGCCUUUCUUUCAUUGUGACUCCAAGCAAUUGAACUACAAAGGCUUAAGAAUGAGUAGUUUAAUUUACUGAAGCACACAGGUCUUUGGGAGUUUCUGCAGCUGUGCUGUGGGGGACUGGAGGAAACCUGUGCCGUAAAGUUCUGCAACCUCUCUUGUCUUUGUAAAGUUCUGCCAUGGAUCAGUACUUUUAUAUUGGAACAUGUGGGGUUCAUGGGAGCAGGCCUGGUCCAACGCUCUACUUUUGCUACAGAACACAAAUAUUGAGCCGUGUGAUGCACUUAAAAAAGUAGAAUGAAAAUUGAAGCUUUUGCAAAACAUUUCGUUUUCCAAUUGUCCCGGUAUCUGAGCUAUUCUCACCGAAAGUCACUCCUGUUCUGAAGUUGUAUAUGGAGCUGUGUCAAAAGCAUUUCCUGGCAAGAUUUGAGAGAUUACAGCUGGGUUAGCCGUGGGAUGAGAGCUGCUGUUGUCCAGGAUACCGGUUUGUCCGGUUUACAUUAAGGGAGGAGAUAUAAAAUAAAACCUGAAGAGGAGUUUAGUGGAAAUACAUGAUGAGACGGGGUCCAGUGCGAGAGGGGAGGCUGUGUCGGUGUAAGAGCUGAAAGGUUAGAAUGCGUGGCGCGGAGGAUGAGGACGUGUGUUUGAACAUGGGGUUUGGCUUGUUGCUGUGUAUGGGUGGGGAGUGUAAGCACAUGUGAAGGCAAUAAAUAUAAAACUGAGAGAUAGAGGUGGAAACAGGAUUAGAUGUGGAUGAGAAUAGGGGUAGUGGGAAAAGAAGGGGGAAGUUGGCGAAUGUUUAUGUACUAUGGUCUGGCUUUAUCUGCAUCCUCCAUGGGACUAUUUUGUAUUUUUUUGUAAUUCUUAUGCGAUGGAUGUUAAACCUAAUGCGUUGAGGACCUUGCUCGUGCAAUCAUCCAACCCUUGCUGAAAUGAAAUGAGUAUCUCUCACCCAAUGCCUGAUUCACAGCAGAUGUACUGGAACUGGUAGUUUUAGUACAUUGUAAACUCGUCGAGUACCUCCUGAGGUACAAUUGGAAAGCAGUAUGCGUGUUCAAGUAGUCUUAGAAGAAUUCACCUUGAUGAACCUGCUGCCUACGUUUUAACCUUGAUACAGCCUUUUCUGGAUGUGACUGCAUUAAAAGUCCCAACUAACUAAC